AUGCCUCGCCGAAAGUUCAUCGAUAAGAAGACAGCCAUCAACUACAGACUCGUCCACCGCGCCCAAAAUGACCCCCGCAUCCACGAUGAAGACGCCCCGCAGAUGGUCUUCGCCGAGACCAGCGCGCCCAACAUGCGCGACGAGUCGGAGCCCGCGGGCAGUUCCCGGGCGUCGCAGUACUCGGCCGCCACAGGACGCAGCAAAAUCAGGUCUCGUCGCGACCUAGAGGCCGAGUUCGAGGCCAAAGUCAGGACAAACGAGGGCGAGGCAGCCAACCAUGGCAUCUUCUACGACGACACCGAGUACGACUACAUGCAGCACAUGCGCGAUCUGGGGUCCGGUGGAGGGAGUGCCUAUUUCGUCGAGGCGCCUGCCGACAAGAAGAAGGGCAAGGAGAAGUUCGACCUCGCCGAUGCCCUGCAGAACGCUUCUCUGGACGAGAGACGGAGCGACGCGGGAUACAGUAUGAGCAGCACGACCAGCAGCGUGAGCGACAUCUUUGGCGAGGACAUGGCCCCUUCCGAGUUUGUGCGCAAAACGACAUACCAGGACCAGCAGAGUGUCCCAGACGCCAUUGCUGGAUUCCAGCCAGACAUGGACCCGCGCCUGCGAGAAGUCCUCGAGGCGCUGGAAGAUGACGCCUACGUAGACGAUGAGGACGACAUAUUCGCCGAACUCGCAGAAGACGGCUACGAGGUCGACCAGCGAGAAUUCGACGCAGCCGGCUACGACGAACAAGAUGGCGACGCAAUGCAACGCUUCCUCGACAACGACGAAGAAGAAGACGAAGGCUGGCAAACAGACGACACUAUCAAAGCCUCGUCCUCCCAAACCAAGAAGAAGUCCAAGCCAACAGACCUGGACUCGCUCCCCGCUCCCGACGAAGCCCCAGCCCCCGCCGACGCAGAUGACCUCGCCUACCUCGAGGAAUUCAAAAAGUUCAAAAACGCCGCAAAGGCACCAAAACCAACCGCCCCCUCAGACACACAAUCCUUCCUCACCGGCGCCUCGGCACUCACAGCAGGCGGCCGCAAGAAAAAGCGCAAGGGCGCCAUGACAUCCACAUCUGGGUACAGCAUGUCGUCGUCGGCGCUGCACCGGACUGAAGGCCUCACACUGCUCGACCAGCGCUUCGACAAGAUUGAGGAGGAGUACGCGAGUGAGGAUUUCCCCGACGAUGUGUCGUACGUGUCGGGCAUGAGUAAGAUGUCUGGUAUAAGCGGGAUGAGUGGUAUGAGUGGCAUGAGCGGUAUGAGCGAAGCGCCGCAGCUGAGGAGCGACUUCGACAACAUCAUGGAUGAUUUCUUGGGGACACAUCAUGUGGCUGGGAAGAGGAGGGUCAAGAAGGGCAAGCAAAUGACAGGGUUGGAGCAGCUGGACGAGGUGAGGCAGGGCUUGGGGCCGGCGAGGUUCAGCAAAACUGGACAGAAGGUGUGA